GAGCCUUGAGCCGCGUUCGGCGAGGCGGGGGGGGCCCGGCAACAACCGUAAGCCCCGGGGUAUGCCCCCGCCGCCCCGCCGCCGGAGCCGGGGUGUGGGGAAGCGGGAGAGGAAAAGCGGGGAGCCGAGAGGAGAGCGGCGGGGAGCGGGGCGAGGGAGCCCGGCCGAGCCCCGAACGGCGGAGGAUGCGCCGAGCCCCGCGGAGCCGAAGCCAGCUGCAGCGCGGAGCGUCUCGCCCGGCCCCCGCAGCCCCCUGCACCUGGGAGCCAUGAGCUGCCCUCAGCACCCGCAGAGCCACCGGAGCAGCCCCCCGGCCGCAGCCCCCCGGCCCUGCUAGGCUUCCCCGCUCCCCCAGGAAGGUGCCCGUCGCUGGCAAGGAGAACCGGCUGCACCCGCGCCCAGCCUCUCCUAUCCCUCCCAAGGUUCCUUGCUUCGCCAGCAGGUGCUUGCAAGAUUUCAGCUCCGGGCUGUGUGUCCAGGGCUGAGUGAGGUGCCCUGCUGCGCUGCAUUGGGUCCCAUGAGACAGGCAGGACCACCCUGUUCUUCCCACCCGGGGCUGCAGCACCCCCCUCUGCCUCUGCUGCACAGGAAGCCCCUCCAGCACCCGAAGCAAAGCUGCAGAGGUCUGCUGCCACGUGCAUGAGUGGAAAGCAGAGGAGAGGCCAAAGCCCAGCGUGCCCCUGGCAUCUGAUCCCCCAGCAUCCUGCCUUCAUCUGACCUGGGUGAGAGAUAGGAUGGUAGCUGGGGAGGCGAGUAUGCGCAGCCCAAUCCUGGCCUGCUGGCAGCCGAUUCUCCUCCUGAUGCUGGGAUCCAUCCUGUCCGGCUCCGCCACGGGCUGCCCGCCGCGCUGCGAGUGCUCUGCCCAGGAGCGUGCUGUCCUAUGCCACCGGAAGCGAUUCAUGGUCGUGCCGGAGGGGAUCCCAACCGAGACCAGGCUGCUGGACCUGGGCAAGAACCGCAUCAAGACGCUCAACCAGGAUGAAUUUGCCAACUACCCUCACCUAGAGGAGCUGGAGCUAAAUGAGAACAUUAUCAGUGCCAUUGAACCUGGGGCUUUCAACAACCUCUUCAACCUCAGGACGCUGGGGCUCAGGAGUAACAGACUCAAGCUGAUCCCCUUGGGGGUGUUUACCGGACUCAGCAACCUUACCAAGCUAGACAUUAGUGAGAACAAAAUUGUGAUCCUCCUAGACUACAUGUUCCAGGACUUGUACAACCUGAAGUCUUUGGAGGUGGGGGACAAUGACCUUGUCUACAUCUCCCACCGGGCCUUCAGCGGCCUCAACAGCCUGGAGCAGCUGACCCUGGAGAAAUGCAACCUGACCUCCAUCCCCACGGAGGCCCUGUCUCACCUUCACGGCUUGAUCGUGCUGCGGCUGCGCCAUCUGAACAUCAACACCAUCCGGGAUUACUCGUUCAAGAGGCUGUACCGGCUCAAGGUCCUCGAGAUCUCACACUGGCCCUACCUGGAUACUAUGACGUCCAACUGCCUCUAUGGGCUGAACCUGACCUCCUUGUCCAUCACCCACUGCAACCUGACGUCCAUCCCGUAUGUGUCGGUGAGGCACUUGGUUUACCUCCGGUUCCUGAACCUGUCCUACAACCCCAUUGUCACCAUCGAGGGCUCCAUGCUCCAUGACCUGCUCAGGCUGCAGGAGAUCCAGCUGGUGGGAGGGCAGCUCACCACGGUCGAGCCCUUCGCCUUCCGCGGCCUCAAUUACCUGCGCAUCCUGAACGUGUCCGGGAAUUUGCUGACCACCCUGGAGGAGUCAGCCUUCCACUCGGUGGGCAACCUGGAGACGCUCAUCCUUGACAACAACCCCUUAGCCUGCGACUGUCGGCUGCUCUGGGUUUUCCGGCGGCGAUGGAGACUGAACUUCAACAAGCAGCAGCCCACCUGCUCCACCCCCGAGUUCGUCCAGGGCAAGGAGUUCAAAGACUUCCCCGACGUCCUCCUGCCCAACUACUUCACCUGCCGCCGAGCACGGAUACGGGACCGCAAACCUCAGCAGAUCUUCGUGGACGAAGGCCACACGGUCCAUUUUGUCUGCCGGGCAGAUGGGGACCCGCCCCCCACCAUCAUGUGGCUCUCUCCCCGGAAGCACCUCAUCUCUACCAAAACCAACGGGCGGCUCACUGUCUUCCCUGACGGCACGCUGGAGGUGCGCUACGCCCAGAUCCAGGACAAUGGCACCUACCUAUGCAUCGCCAGCAACGCGGGUGGCAACGACACCAUGCUGGCCCACCUGCACGUGCGCAGCUACUCCCCAGACUGGCCCCACCAGCCCAACAAGACCUUCGCGUUCAUCUCCAACCAGCCCAACGAGAGCGAUGCCAACAGCACGCGCGCCACCGUGCCUUUCCCCUUUGACAUCAAGACUCUCAUCAUCGCCACCACCAUGGGCUUCAUUUCCUUCCUGGGCGUCGUGCUCUUCUGUCUGGUGCUCCUCUUCCUGUGGAGCCGGGGGAAAGGCAACACCAAGCACAACAUUGAAAUCGAGUACGUGCCACGCAAGUCCGACGCGGGCAUCAGCUCUGCCGAUGCGCCGCGCAAGUUCAACAUGAAAAUGAUUUAACCAGGCAACAAUUUGCAAAUAAUAAUGGUGGUUGUUUUUUUUUUAAAAAAAGAACAAAUGAACAAAUAAAAAAUAAUUAAAAAACAAACAUUGCUACAAACAUACCGACCUCUGUCCUUCCACCACGCCCUCUGUCCCUGUCCAAACCCACUGCACCCGCACUGUCACCACCUCUUUCUCCUCCUCCUCUUCUUUAUACCAGGAAAACAUUCAGCUGAUGUCUUCAGGACUCCUGUGUUUGUAAGGACUUUGUCUGAUGGACUCUGGUGUCAGAUAUAACUGAGAGGGAAAAGCAACAGAGGGGGGAAAAAAAAGAAAGAAAAAAGAAAUAAAAUCAAUAAAAAGUUACGAACUUUCUUCUGUAACUUUGAUUUCAAUAAUUAUGGAUUUUUAUGAAAACUUGAAAUAAUAAAAAAAACCCUAUUUCCUAUAGAUAGUUGGAAUGCAAAA